AUGGUUUUGAAGUCUACUUCUGCGAAUGAUGUUUCAGUGUAUCAAGUUUCUGGUACAAACGUUUCAAGAUCGUUGCCCGAUUGGAUUGCUAAAAAGCGGAAGAGACAAUUGAAGAAUGAUUUAGAGUACCAAAAUAGGGUAGAACUAAUUCAAGACUUUGAGUUCAGUGAAGCCUCCAAUAAGAUUAAAGUGAGUAAGGAUGGACAAUAUUGCAUGGCUACUGGCACGUACAAACCCCAAAUUCACGUCUAUGAUUUUGCCAAUUUGUCAUUAAAAUUCGAUAGACAUACGGAUGCUGAAAACGUCGACUUUACCAUUAUUUCUGAUGAUUGGACUAAAAGUGUACAUUUACAGAAUGACAGGAGUAUUCAAUUUCAAAACAAAGGUGGUUUACAUUAUACUACAAGAAUUCCUAAAUUUGGGAGGAGUUUAGUUUAUAACAAGGUGAAUUGUGAUUUAUACGUUGGUGCCAGCGGCAAUGAGUUGUAUAGAUUGAACUUGGAAAAGGGGAGGUUCUUAAACCCAUUCAAAUUAGAUACUGAAGGAGUGAACCAUGUUUCUAUCAAUGACGUGAAUGGCUUAUUAGCAGCCGGAACUGAAACUAAUGUGGUUGAAUUCUGGGAUCCAAGGUCACGUUCACGUGUUUCCAAGCUCUAUUUAGAGAACAAUAUUGAUAACAGACCAUUUCAAGUCACCGCAACCAGUUUCCGUAAUGAUGGGUUGACUUUUGCAUGUGGUACAUCAAAUGGUUAUUCAUACCUUUAUGAUCUACGUACUUCCGAACCUUCCAUGAUCAAGGACCAAGGUUAUGGAUUUGAAAUCAAAAAAAUUAUUUGGUUGGAUGAUGUUGGCACCGAAAAUAAAAUUGUAACAUGUGACAAGAGAAUUGCUAAAAUUUGGGAUAGACUUGACGGUAAAGCAUACGCUUCUAUGGAACCUAGUGUUGAUAUUAACGAUAUUGAACAUGUUCCAGGUACCGGUAUGUUUUUCACGGCUAACGAAAGUAUUCCUAUGCAUACAUAUUAUAUCCCAAGUUUAGGACCAUCUCCACGUUGGUGCUCAUUCUUAGAUUCUAUCACAGAAGAGUUAGAAGAGAAACCAAGUGAUACUGUUUAUUCAAACUACAAGUUCAUUACUAGAGAUGACGUCAAGAAAUUGAACUUAACACAUUUGGUUGGGUCCAGCGUAUUAAGAGCAUACAUGCAUGGUUUCUUUAUUAACACUGAACUUUACGAUAAGGUUUCAUUGAUUGCUAAUCCUGAUGCCUAUAAAGAUGAAAGAGAAAGAGAAAUUAGACGUAGAAUUGAAAAAGAAAGGGAAUCCAGAAUCAGAAGUUCAGGGGCUGUUCAAAAACCUAAAGUUAAAGUCAACAAAACAUUGGUUGAUAAGUUAUCUCAAAAACGUGGUGACAAAGUUGCAGGAAAAGUCCUCACUGAUGACCGUUUCAAAGAAAUGUUCGAGGAUGAAGAAUUUCAAGUUGAUGAAGAUGAUUAUGAUUUUAAGCAAUUGAAUCCAGUGAAGUCCAUCAAAGAAACCGAAGAAGGGGCUGCUAAACGUAUCAGAGCAUUGACUGCUGCUGAAGAAUCCGACGAGGAAAGAAUUGCAAUGAAGGACAGCAGAGGUCAUUAUGACUAUGAGGAUGAAGAAUCUGACGAGGAAGAAUCUGAUGAUGAAAUAAAGCAACAGUCAAACAAAGAAGAAUUAAGCGAGAAAGACUUAAGAAGGAUAGAAAAACAAAGGGUACUAAUUGAGAAGAGAAAGAAGGAGAAGGAACAAAGCGAACGAUUUAUGAACGAAAUGAAAGCUGGCACUUCAACGGAUACGCAACAAGACGAAGGUGCUCAUGCUACUUUUGGAGAACAAGUCGGUGAACUGCGUGGAGCGGAAAAUGGAAAGAAAUCGAAUGAAUCUAUUUUACGUCGCAACCCACGUGGUGAGGCUGAGCUCACUUUUAUUCCCCAAAGAAAAAGCAACAAGGAUAGAAGCAAUAAACCAAGGCGUCAUGACAAUUCAUUGGAUGAAGAAAAUGUUGACGCAGAUAGCAAUAAGAAAGAUAAUGGUAGGUCAAAACCCAGGUUCGACAACAGAAGAAGAGCCAGCAAGAAUGCAUUCCGUGGUAUGUAG